GUCACUGUAUUUUUCCUUCGCAGGUGUCUCCACUGGCCAUCACGAAGGAGUUACAGUACAUACUUAUCCAGGAUGACUUUGGGAGCAGUUGCCUCUGUGAUCCUCGCCAUAGGAGGGGCUGUCAUGUUUUCUGCUCUUCAUAAGAUUGAAGAAGGACAUGUGGGUGUUUACUACAGGGGUGGAGCUUUGCUAACUGCAACCAGCGGUCCUGGAUUUCAUCUGAUGCUGCCGUUUAUUACGACAUUCAAGUCUGUACAGACAACCCUACAAACAGAUGAAGUAAAGAAUGUACCAUGUGGCACAAGUGGAGGUGUAAUGAUCUACUUUGAUCGCAUUGAGGUGGUGAACUUCCUUAUUCCUACAGCAGUGUAUGGCAUUGUAAGAAACUUCACUGCUGACUAUGACAAAGCCCUGAUUUUCAACAAAGUUCACCAUGAGCUGAAUCAGUUCUGUAGUGUGCACACACUUCAGGAGGUCUACAUAGGCCUGUUUGAUCAAAUAGAUGAGAAUCUAAAGCUCACCCUGCAGGAGGAUCUGACCAAUAUGGCACCUGGACUCAUCAUUCAGGCAGUACGUGUUACCAAACCAAACAUUCCAGAAAGUAUUCGCAGGAACUAUGAACUGAUGGAGAGUGAGAGGACAAAGUUACUUAUUGCAGCUCAGACCCAGAAGGUGGUAGAGAAGGAGGCAGAAACAGAGAGGAAAAAGGCUGUCAUCGAGGCAGAGAAGGUGGCUCAGGUGUCUGAAAUAAAGUUUGGACAGAAAGUUAUGGAAAAAGAAACUGAAAAAAAGAUCUCAGAAAUUGAAGAUAGUGCUUUCCUUGCUAGGCAGAAAGCAAAGGCAGACGCAGAGUUCUACACGGCACAGAAAGCAGCUGAGGCCAACAAGUUGAAACUGACUCCAGAAUAUCUCCAGCUGAUGAAAUUUAAGGCAAUAGCCACUAAUAGUAAGAUAUACUUUGGAAGCGAGAUCCCUCACAUGUUUAUGGACUCUGGACCAGGAAGCUCUUCCUCAGCUGCCUCCAAAGCCAUAGAUGCCCUCUCAGAGGGUAUACUGGACAUGGAUUGACAAGAAAGAGGACCAGAAGCAAAUUUGUAGCACUGAGACAGUGGAUUAAUGAACAGGUAUUGGAAGAGCAUAGAUUAAAUGCCAGUCAACAGACUGCUUUGGUACAAAAAGUGCAGCUGAAACCAAGGGACCACUUCAGUAAAAUUAACAUGAUACUGAAUCAGUGGGGCAAAAACACUACACCUAUGUCUAAACAGGUGUUAGGUACAUCCUACUGUCUCUGCUCAUUACCAGUGGUGGCUGAAUGGAGUGUUAUACUUUUGAACAGAACAAAGGGAAUCUGGUGGUUUAUUUGAAUGUGAGUUUAGAACCCAAAGGAGGAUAGGAGUGAAGUUCUUAGGAAAGAUCUGUGCAUGUUGUAAUAUACAUAAAAUGUAUUAACAAUGUUCAUUAAUUUGUUUGCACUCAUAGGACAAUAUUAAGUUAACUUAUUACCCAUCUUAGAGUCCUAAAGACUUAUAUGUACCUCAGGGAUACACCUAUAUUUUUUGUGUAAAAAAUGUCCUUUUGUUUCUCUAUAAGCCCAUCAGCACUAAACUACUACUGGUUUCCGUCUGCUAUUUCUGUUUCGUCCUGUUUUUUCACUUGAA